AUGUCCCAAUCCUCCUCCUCCUCUCAUGACUCGGCUCAUAGCCUACACGAUUCGUUCCGCCAUCGCAAUCAUCGUACCUCUCACUCUCAACAAUACGCAAACUCAACCUCAACAACAAACCCAUUUAGUAUACUUUUCGAAAAUAAUGACCCACAACCCUCAUCAAAUUCCUCUACUAAAAUUCCCCCCCAGAAACAACCCCCAGAUUUUGAACUCCAGGAUACUGAUGUAACAACAGUAUUCCUGGACUCGUUCCCAGAACAAACCCAGGAAAUAAUAUCCUCAUCUAGAGAUGCAAUUAAAAAUCAACCCCAAACAACUGUCACAACAGUGCCCUCCAAGGAACCCGAACUCGAACUCGAACUUGAACUCGAACUCGAACCUGAACCUGAACCUGAACCUGAACCUGAACCUGAACCUGCAAGCAGCUCCGGCUUUCCUCAUAAACGGUCUGCCUAUUGGCGUCGAAAACCUUUACGGAGAAUAUGGCAUCCACACUCUUCAUCUUCUUCACCCUCACCCUCAUUCUCAUCCUCAUCCUCAUCUUCACCUUCAUCUUCUUCUACAUCAAAAUCUUCUAGAAAUAGUGCACGCAGGCGUACACAACAUUCAUCUUUUCCAAACAUCUCAACUAACAAUAACGAAAAUAAUCCUUUCUUUCUUAAAAACUUGAAAUCAAGAGCAUGGGCUCGUUUGAACCCUCCCUUGAAACAGAAUCACUCAAAUACCCCUCCCGACGUAGAACCAACAAAAAUACCAAGCGACUCUCGCUACCCAGAAGUCCGUGCGUCUGUCCCCAAUACUGAUGACUUUGAUCUUCCGCAAAAUACCCUCCGCAUGUGGGUCAUUGGUCUCAUUAUGGUAACUAUUGGUUCUACUGUUAAUACCAUUUUUUUCCUCCAUUCCCCGCUUUUCUCCAUUUCGACUUUUGUCGCAUCUAUGGUCGCCUGGCCCUUGGGCCGCGCUUGGGAACGUUUUGUUCCAAACAAAAAAAUCCUUGGAAUCUAUCUCAACCCUUCUCCCUUUAACCUUAAAGAACACGCUUUAAUCACCAUCAUGGCCAGUGUUUCUUUUGGUGAAGGAGCAUCUUACAUGACUGAUAUUGUCCUCACCCUGCGCCACUUUUACGGAAUUCAAUUUGGCUGGGGGUUUAAUAUUAUCGGUGCCAUCUGCACACAAGCAAUCGGAUACUCCUUUGCAGGAAUUGUCCGCAGAAUUCUCGUUUACCCAGCUUCCAUGAUUUGGCCAAGCACCCUCGUCACCACUACCUUUCUCACUAAUAUCCAUCUCAACGUUAACCACGUCGCAAAUGGCUGGCACAUUUCCCGUCUUCACCUCUUUAUGUUUGUCAUGAUAGUUUGUUUUAUCUGGAGUUGGAUCCCAAGUUUCCUUUGUCCCUUCCUCUCUGACUUUGGUGUCCUCACAUGGCUCACUCCUAAUAACGUAAUCAUCAACCAACUCUUUGGUACAACCUCUGGCCUUGGCCUACUUCCCAUCACUUUUGACUGGAAUCAAAUCACUGGCUACAUUGGCUCCCCUCUCAUCCCUCCCUUUUUCGCCAUUGGAAAUAUCUUUGCCUCCAUCAUCAUCAUCUUUUGGAUUGUUUGCCCCAUCAUCCACUACUCAAACGUCUGGUACGGUCACUAUCUCCCCAUGUCCGGCAAUGAAACUUUUGAUCGUUAUCAAAAUGUCUAUAACGUCACCCGCAUAUUGACUCCGAGAAAGGUAUUUGAUUUACAAAUGUAUAAAAACUAUUCUCCUAUGUUUCUCCCCACAGCCUUUGCUGUCUCUUAUGGAUUAUCUUUUGCCUCCAUCUCUUCAACCCUCGUCCAUACCCUUUUUUUCCAUGGCCGCGAGAUUUUGUUUUUCUGGAGAAACUCUCGUAAAGAACCAGACGAUAUCCACAUGCAUCUCAUGAAACGCUACAAAGAGGCCCCCGACUGGUGGUACCUUCUUUGCCUCAUCAUCUUCCUCACUAUGUCCAUUGUCCUGGUCCGUGCCUGGGAUACAGACAUGCCUGUAUGGGCCCUUUUCCUUGCCCUCUUUAUUGCAUUUCUCAUGCUUAUUCCUGUAGGCAUGAUCUAUGCCCUUACAAACAUCUCCGUAGGACUCAAUGUCAUUACGGAGUUUAUUGUUGGUUACUUAGUCCCAGGCAGACCCAUCGCCAUGAUGCUUUUCAAAACUUUUGGUUACAUUACAAACUACCAGGCAAUUAAGUUCCUCGAAGGCAUAAAGCUCGGUCACUAUAUGAAAAUCUCUCCACGCCUCAUGUUUGUGGCCCAGCUCUCGGCCACUAUCUGGGGCGGAGUUGUGCAACUGGGCGCGCUUUCAUGGGCAGAAACAAACAUUGAUAACUUAUGCACAACUGAGCAAAGUGCCGGGUUUACCUGUUCUGCCGCAAGAGUCUUUUUCAACGCUUCCGUCAUUUGGGGGGUUAUUGGCCCACAGCGGCUACUCUCAAACGGCAGCCUCUACAGUAAAACCCCCUACUUUUUCCUUGUCGGUGGGUUGCUCCCCCUCUUUUCGUGGUUCUUUUUGAAAAAGUACCCCAAAAGUCCUAUCCGCCAUAUUCACUGGCCCGUCUUCUUCACGGGAACCGGGUACAUCCCUCCAGCCACCGCCUACAACUACGGUGCGUACUGCGCGGUCGGAUACUUUUUCGGGUACUGGGUUAAGCGCAAGUAUUUUGGCUGGUGGGCUAAAUACAAUUAUACCUUGUCGGCAGGCCUCGACCUCGGGCUCGCAUGGGCAUCGCUCGUCAUCUUUGUCAUUCUACUCAGCCCAAACGUUAAAAAACCGUCCUGGUGGGGGUACACCGUUGUUAAAAAUACAGCUGACUAUCAAUCCCUACCUUUGGUCCAGCUUAAAGAAGGAAGUUCAUUUGGUCCGACUCAGUGGUGA